AUGAGGUCGGGCGCGACACUGCGAACGGCCAUCGUCACUCUAGCCGCGGUGUUGUUUCAGACGACGCCAGACGCAAAACUUGCCACGCUUCGGAUAUACACCUGCGGCACCAGCACUCCGUCCAGCGGCCUCGUACUCAAGCUGCCAACCGUUUAG